AUGUUAUCGUUAGAAAAGAGUAUAUUUGCAUUAAAGAUCGUUGGAUGUAUAUUCACCUCGGUCAUUAUAGCUGAAAUAGCACUAGCUCAAUGUGAUAUUUUGAAAGUGGAUGAUUUAGUUAUUGGGAUCGAGAUUGUUUUUGGCACUGUUUUAGCGAGUGCUAUUGCAGGUUGCUAUGGAAUGCUAUUUGACAAAAUUUCUAAUGAAAUUAUAAUAUCAGAAAUUUUGGAAAAACGUCCAUACAGGGAAACUUGCAAGGAAAAAGAGCUAGAACUUUGGGCUGAUAUCCUCGUCAACAUUAAAGAGCAGCGCAGAAAACGUUUGUUUUUACUUUUCUCCCCUAAAAUAUCCAUUUAUGGUUUAGAGGCUCGGUUCCAAAGCUUGAUAUUGCAGAUUGAUAGAAAGUUGAAAGGAGUAUAUAGAGAUGUAAAUGUCGAAGAGAUAGAUGGACUUGAUGGACUAUUAGUUUCUGCUAAGGAAGUAUACGAAGAAGAUUCUAAUGAUUAUUAUAAUAAAAAGGUUUUCAAUAAGCAUUGGUCGAAGCAUGGGGAUUUGCUGUUUGCUCCAAUUCUCAAAAAGAGCAAAUAUUCCAGUCGAAAAUCAUUAACGAAUGCAUUAGAGAAAGCUUUAAUCGUCUUAUUUUAUGCAGGUUUAUGCUUUACUUUAUACUAUAACCAUGGUAAAUAG